UACAAGUCCGGUGACAAGAUCAGUGGAGUGUAUAAAAUUAAUCCUGAUGGUUUGGGCGAAUUUGAAGUGUUCUGUGAUCAGAAACAGCCGGUACGGGGGGUGACAAUUCUAACAAAGGCUGUUUGGGCAGUCCUAUGAAUAGCUUUAUGUCCUCCCGGAAAUUUGGACGACCCUCCCGAAUUUUUCGGUAGCAUUACCCAUGUUUAAUGUUUAACUUCGCAAAAUUGUUUUAACAAUUAAAGAUUUUUUGCAGCUUCUUGUUAAUUAUGUAACUUGUUGAUUAUCCAACCUUAGCCGUUAUUUUUUCGUUUAGAGGAGUUGAACACUGGAGGUAUACCCUGCGAGCAGUGGUUUAGCGUCCGGCCUGAGGAAACAACUGCUCGCAGGGUACUGGGGGUAUCAUGUUGACACAGAAAGACUGUCCAACUUUUUAAGUAUAAAAAAUCAUGGGGUCUUUUUUUAAUCACCGACAAAUCAGGCAAGCGCUGAAGGGGCCAGCCACUAGGGGGGUCUGGGGGCGUGCUCCCCCAGAAAAUUUUGAAAUCUUAGAGCUCUGAAACGUCAUUUCUAGUGUUCUGACAGGACAAAUUCUGUCCAAAUUGUUCUCUAAAUCAAUUGUAAUUUUAUGCUUAUUUUUAUUGGCGUGACUUCGCGUAGACGUAGUCGAUUAUAUUUUAUAUUUUGUGCAGUUUUUGAAAUUGUUCUGGAUAUAUAUCACUUUCAGCUAAGUAUACUGAUAGUAUGUGCCUUGCACCGGCACGGUUCUUGUGUCAAUCCGCUGGGGAUUGCACGUGGUCAAUCGCACUCCAACUGCUAUUUUGGUUGGAAACGUUGCUGCUUGGUCUUUUCAUUUCAUGGGGAGUUAAGCUGUUUUCAUGUGCCAAAAUACACAAAAUACAGCGCAUACACAGGGUGCAUAUCACUGUGCAUAUAUAUUGUUUGAUAACAUGUAGUAUCAAAUCUUUGCUCAAUGUCCCGAAAAUAUCUCAUAUUUCCCGAAAAAUUUCCCAGGUUUCCCGAUUCCCGGCAAAAUCUCCAGAUUCCCGGAAUAAGUUUUUGUUUUUCUCCCGAGACAGCCCUUGUUAGAACUGUCACCCCCCGUGCCGGUGGAGGUUGGACAGUGUUUCAGAACAGACGAGAUGGCUCUGUUGAUUUCUUCCUUGCUUGGAAUGAUUACAAACGCGGUUUU